CUGACUCCGCAUAAAUACGCCGGAUAUCCAGCUCUCAUUCGCACCAUCCAAAUGGAAGUCGAAGACGCAUCUCUCUUCCAAAGAGGUUUCAAUGAAAACAGUAGUAGUACUGCUACAGAACUCCUCUCCUCCUCCACUGAACUAGCUUACGAGACCGUGGCUACAAGUGCUUUGAAUGCUGAGGAGCUCAGACGUGAAGGGGGUCUCCAGACGCUUCAGGACGCCUUCGCUAGAUGUGCUGCUCUUUUAUCCCUGGACGAUAGUCUCAACAAUCAACUCGCAGUUAAUGUUUGUUGCCAUAUCACCGGGUUUUUUACAGUUUCCACGAAGUUUCCCGCCUCCAGAGAGUGUAUUCAUGAAAUUCCGCAAAUUGUUCGUGGAAUCAUUCGACUACUUUACUACAAGAACCUCUCUCGAUUGUGCAGUCAAGCCGCUGCUUGUGCGAGUGCAUUUUGUCAGGACUUUUGGCUUUGUAAUAGUGUUCAUCUUAAUGGUGGCGCCUAUAUGCUCCUUAAUCAUGUUCUGGCGUACGAUUUCACUCUUGAAGAGAGUGGGGUUGAAACCUCAAGUAAUACUAAUAAACAGGCAAGUUUUUCAUCCUAUACUGCGUGUUUGUUGAAUGGCUUCGCUUCUAAUAACACGCAGGAUGAGGAAACAACUUCCCCUGAAUUCAUCCUAAAUCGUCUUCUGACACCGCAUAUAACUCGAAAGCUGCUGGACCUAGCUCGCGCAACCAAACCACCUACCCCUGUGGCCAAUAUUGAUCUCAUCCUCUCAUCACCAUUCCUCUCUUCCACGUCAGACAGUGGACAAGCUUUACGUCAAUUGGCGAAACUGUUGACUACAAAUAGUGCCACGCCCUGCUUCAUUUGGGAUAAUCAAUGUCGUGCUCAAUUAACCGGGUUCCUGGAUAAUCAAGUGUCCCAUCUGAUGAAGACGGGCGAUGUCGAUUUUGACGCAGCGAAAUCCUUCGAGCAUAAGACCUUCCAAGGCGAACUUCUAGUCGGUGAAAUCUUCGUUCGCAUCUUCAAUAAGCAGCCAACCUUCCCCAUUGAUAAUCCCAAGAGUUUCGUAAUCGAUCUGUUUCGUUAUUUGAAAAAAGAAUUGGCCCAUCUACCAAGAGUUCCUGAUGGACAUCCAACGACAACAAAACUAGUUCAUCACCUUGAAUCUUCGCUGGAGGCUUUGCGCAAUGUUGGUCGUAGUUAUGCAGGUGUCGAACUCCAAUGCAUUGGACACUUUCCCAUUCUCUUUGGUAUUCUCGAGUUGGAAGGAUAUACUGACAUGAAGUUGCGAGCUAUUGAAGUUCUGAAUGCAGUUGCGAAGAACCCAGAAUGUCUGAAUGACAUUCAUGCGUCUAAUCUCCUUGUUGGUGCUGUUAUGCUCUUCAGAUCUUUACCAAUUGCGCACUUGUCACUACUAGAGUUCUUUGCCCAUGUGGUUACGUUGAAUGCACUCCUGAAGGAACUCGUCUACGCUGGGGGUCUGAUUUACCUCCUAGAAGUGAUCACAGCAUCAGAAGUCCCAGAAGUACGCCGUAGUGCGGUUGAUAUUCUGAGCCGAUGUCUCGCCAAUCCACAAUUGGGCCGGAGGAUUCAAGCCCUUUUGGGCCAAUUCUUGCCUGCUAUUUUUCCUGAGACCAUUAAGGAGACCCCUGAGCAGUUUAUUUCACUUUAUGAUUCGGAUCACCUCAAUCCUGAGCUUAUUUGGAAUCAAGAAUGCAGAAAUCACUUAGGUGAAGCUGUUCUGGAUAUGUGCAAUCGAUUCAAUCGCCAACAAGAAAAGAACCGAUCCAUUAAGUGGUCUCUCCCGGACGCCUACGCUGUCUCCUACGCAUCCGCAAUUGCAGAGACCCUUCGGAUGCACAAUCUCACAGACGAUAGUGAUGAGGGUUACAUUUCAGCUGACAACGUGGUCUGUGUUGGUGGAGUGUAUCUUCAACUCUACGUCAAUCAAUCCGCGGGUAGAUGGAUGCUUCGACAACCGGAAGUAUUUUUAGAAUCUCUAAUGGCACGACUUCUCGAGAGUUUAAGCGGAAAAUUGCCCUCCCAAAGGACUGAUCCCCCUGGAAUGCUGCGUCUUAUGAGUAGAGCCGCACUUCAACUGUUGAAUGAUCGUCCUGGACUGAUUGAUAGCCUUCCGAGGAAGGGAUUUGCUCACAGAAUUCUUGACGCUUGUCCUGGUGUUCAGGAACCUGAAGAAGCGAAAACAUGCGCUCUCCUAAUUCACGCAAUGUCGGCUAGCAAGUUAUGUAUUGGAGCGAUGGUCGAGCGGGAAACAAUAGUUAGUUAUCGGCACGUAAUCGAUUACUGUGUGGGUGAAGAAAUUGGUACUAUGGGGGAGACACUUUUCAAUAUCUUCAACACAACUGGCUGUGACCCAUUAGUUGCUCAGGCUCUCAAAUGUAAUUUGAUAGACUUUCUUCUGCAAACCCUUCAACGUGGAUUACCGGUGUCGGUACGCGAGCCUGGCCAAUGUCGUGCCUAUAUCGUUAAGGCUAUCAAAGCCAUGCAAAAAAAUCCUGUUUAUGGUGCUCAAGUGACCGCGAAAUUAGACACAGAGGGUGAUAGGUGGGCGGAAUACCGGGAUCAAAGUCAUGCACUCUUCCUUACCAAUGCACCACCAUCUGCCGCUGUAGCAACGGCUUAUUUAACAGCUGGUGCUGGUGCUUCAAGUAUGCACGCAGGUUUUCUUACAGGUGGGCAAGUGGGACCAAUGUCCUCGGGCGCCGCCCAUCUCAGCUCCGUGAAUGGCAACCCGAGCGUUGGAAACUUCAAUUCUACUGGAGGGAGCAGUGGCCUCGGUCCAGGUGGGGUACCAAUCGCACCCCCUCAGCCGCGAUCUUAA